UUCAAAUGACAAUGAGCCUAUAAUUAUAAUGGGUGAUUUCAACGCUUCGGGUUCUUAUCUUAAUAAGACAAAGCAAACUAAACUGGACAAAAUAUUAAAAAAUAAUAAUCUGAUGUGGGGAAUUGGUCAUUCGAGUGAUACCACUGUUGCCUCAAAAUGCAAUGCUUAUGAUUGA